UCCGAAGCUUUAAAUACUCUACUACACCAUCAGGACAAUCCAUUUUGAAAAAGAAAAACCGUUAUAGUUGAUGUCUUCUAUGGUUUUGACUCUCGCGAUGAAGGGGCUUUAACCUGGAGGAGAAAAAAAACGCACUAAACGAGUUUGCCUAUGAAUAAUUUAAAUAACCCUCCUCCUAACUGGAACAUUCAGCCUAAUGCAAGAAAUAAUGAAGAUCAUGGAAGCAAAUGGAAUUAUGCUUUGUUGGUUCCAAUGCUGGGAUUGGCUGCCUUCCGUUGGAUUUGGUCCAGAGAAUCUAAGAAAGAAAUAGAAAAAGAGAAAAGAGAAGUCUAUAGAAAAUUGUCUUUUGUACAGAAAGAGCUUGAAUCUAAAUAUCGCGAUAUAAUUAUAGAAAACCGCAGAAUGGUUGCCCACUUAGAAUUAGAAUUGGAGAAAGAACGGAACAGAACCCUAAGUUAUCGCAACGCACUCAUCUCUCAGAGUUACAAAUUGGUAGAAGAAAGAAGAACUUUGGAACAAGAGCGUACAAAGGUGGAGCAAGAGAAGCGAAUUCUGCAGGAUUCUGGUGCUGCAGGUGCUUUGUAUAAGAACUGCUUGGAGAAGGAAGAUCAGUGGCAAACAAAAGCCACUAUUUUACUAAAAGGGUUUGAAGAAGCUUUAAUGGAAAGGCAGGAUAUGUAUUGCAGCCUUGUACUGCCAAGAUAUCAUCGGUUGGCAGUGGAGAAAAAAAUGCUAGCCAAAGCAACAACUGAUCCAAUUGGUUUGGAACUGGAACUGGAAGCUGGGCUGAAAGAUAUUUUCAGAUAUGAUACCUUUUGCAGCACUUUAUUAAAUACUAAUAAAAAUAAAAAUGGAAAGCUCAUGUGGAUCUACCUUCGAUAUUGGGAGUUAUCUGUCGAAGUCAGAAAAUUUAAAAAGGCAGAGAAAGUAUUUUUGGGAAACACUGGCUAAAGCUAGGCCAUCUCUAGCUUGUAUUAUAUCAAUGUAGUCCUCUCCAGAUCCGUUAAACUUUAAUCCACAGAAUCCUCAUCUGGUUUGUGAUAUCCAUAUAUAACUUUGUGAGGUAUAUAUCAGUAUCUUUAGUUAUUGUCAUAAGUACAUUCAUCAUCUAAUAAUACCAGUCUUUUUUUGAUUAAUCUAAAUCUGUAUUGGAUGUUACCAUAGUAAUGAAUGGCAACUAAAUACGUGUGGUUUUUGUAUUGGCAAUGCUACUAUGUUCAAUAGGAUUUAUUUAAAAAUGGUAUUUCCACAUUUCUACAGUCCUUUCUAUGCUGUCAUGCUUUUCAUUCCUAAGACCCUCAACACACAGGUUGUCCUUGACAUACAAUUAUAAUAGAGCCUGCCCAUUAAAAUCUUAUGUUGUAAUGGUUAUAACAUUUUAUGACCAUUUUGCAGCAGUUAUUAAGAAAAUCCCUGCAGUCAUUAAGGGAACUAACAGUUCUCUAUGGGUGCAAUUUUGCCAAAAAUAGAAGUGCCAGUUUUUGGCAAAACUGUUGUAAAAUGUGACUGCAAAUGACUAUAAAUAUGGCCAUGUUGCCAAGUGCUCAAAGUUCAAUCAUGUGACUACAGAGAAGGCCUAACCAUGGAAACUUUGAAUCCAGGUUAUAAGCCCUCCUUUUUUAAAAAAUUGUAACUGAAUGAUUGUUAAGUGAUCAAUCAUAAGGGCCUCUGGUGGCUCAGCAGACUAAGUCUGUCUGUUAUUAACACAGCUGCUUGCAAUUACUGCAAGUUCAAGUCCCACCAGGCCCAAGGUUGACUCAGCCUUCCAUCCUUUAUAAGGUAGGUAAAAUGAGGACCCAGAUUGUUGGGGGCAAUAAAAGUUGACUUUUUAUAUAAUACAAAUGGAUGAAGACUAUUGCUUAACACAGUAUAAGCUGCCCUGAGUCUUCGGAGAAGAGCGGGAUAUAAAUUUAAAUUAAAAAAAAAUAAAAUCAUAAGUUGAGGACUAUCUGUACAGUACGUACAAUACAAUUCCAAAUAUUGAUCACCCUGACAUGGUUAUCCUUACAAAUUGCCAACUUAAAUGUAGAGAUCAUCGCAUCAUACAAUAAGUGCAUUAUCUGAUGAAAACUGUAUCCAGUCAAUCAGAUUAAAGUUUAAAACGUUAUUUCAUUGAUCUUUACAAAGAAAAGUAGUUAAAUGCAAAGAAUAAGAAUGGGAUUCUGUUUAUGUCUGGCAAUUAUUAAAUACAUUUGCCAAUACAUCCAGUAAAAAGAAUAAAGUAUAUACUGCCUGAAUAGAUGAAUUUUUGAUGAAAGCAUGUUCCGGUAGAAGUUCCCUGAGGAUGGGUUGUAGCACGAAUCCGAAAGCUAGGAAAACUGUCCCAGUGACCAACCCAGAUUAGAUCUUGAAACAUCAUCCUGGGACAUGUAUAUUUGCCUUCAUUUGUGAUGAACUUUUCAAUAGAAUUCUUGGGGGGGGGAUCAAUUUUACUGUUUAGCUUCUUGCUUAAAAUUUGUUGAUACAUUCACCAAGUUCAACUUAAGAGUCCUUUUAUCUUCACCAUAUUAAAUGAACUUGUCUGAUAUAUAAGAUACUAGUAAUUUUAGUAAACUAUGCAAUAGUUAAAUUGAAGGGAAAAUAUUCAUGUACCUUUCAGCACUAAAUGGAAGUAAGGGGAAGAAAUUUGGGACAUGGGAAGGGGAAGACAAAUGGAAGGGGAAAGACAAGGUGACAAGAACCAGAGGUGGAAAAAUGGAAUAAAUCAGCUGCCAAAGACAGAUGGCUUGGAACAGAAUGAGAAACUACAUCGAGAAGCACCAACAUCAAAGCGGUUCCCAAAAAUUCAAAAAGGAAUAAUACUGGACACUGUUGAACUGGUGGGGGGAGCAGGGAAAGUGGAAAAAGUAUAACCUUUGCGCAUGAUCUAGCUUUACUUUCACUACAACCGCUUGACUUUAGUAAAAGAACCUUUCACUUUAAUCAAA